CACUCCUUAUCUUUCUCUCUCUGUUUCUUGAUUUUCUCUCUCUACUGUUAUUCAGGUCGAGCUUGGUCGGGUGUGCUAUAAAACAGAAAAAAGAACAUUUCUUUAUCACUCUUUCAUAGAUAGUGAUUGCUCUCAACUGAACUUCUUUUCUUGAUAUUCAACUAAAAUCAAGAAAAGAGUAGUGUUCAGAAUUUCACAAACACUUCAAAAAUUUGAUCUUUUUUUGUUUAAGCUGGUUUUUGUGUUUUGAGGUUGUUAAUGGAGGUCUUGGAGAAAGAGAAGUGUUGAUUUCUUUAAGGUUUGAUGUGGGGGAGCUGAAAUUAAGAGUCUUUUUUGGUUGGGGGUGGGGGUAAUUGAAAGUUUUUUAUAUAAUUGUCUGGAUAAUCAUAAUUUAAGGGUGUUUUAGAUAUAUAUAAUUUAAGGAGAAUUGUGUGAUUAAAAAUAUGAAGCUUUCAACAUCAGGAAUGGGUCAACAAGCUCAUGAAGGAGAGAACAAGUGUUUGAAUUCAGAACUAUGGCAUGCUUGUGCUGGUCCCCUUGUAUGUCUACCAACGGUAGGGAGUCGAGUGGUUUACUUUCCUCAGGGUCACAGUGAACAGGUUGCGGCAACAACUAAUAAAGAAGUCGAUGCUCACAUACCUAAUUACCCGAACUUGCCACCACAGUUGAUCUGUCAACUCCACAAUGUCACAAUGCAUGCAGAUGUUGAAACGGAUGAAGUAUAUGCUCAGAUGACAUUGCAACCCUUGACACCGCAAGAACAAAAGGAUACAUAUCUUCCUGUUGAGUUGGGUAUUCCUAGCAGGCAGCCUACUAAUUAUUUUUGCAAGACACUUACUGCAAGUGAUACCAGUACGCAUGGCGGCUUUUCUGUUCCUCGUCGUGCUGCAGAGAAAGUUUUCCCUCCUUUGGAUUUCUCACAGACACCACCCUGCCAAGAAUUAAUUGCGAGGGAUCUGCAUGACAUUGAAUGGAAAUUCAGGCAUAUUUUCCGAGGACAGCCUAAGCGGCAUCUUCUGACGACUGGCUGGAGUGUGUUUGUUAGUGCCAAAAGACUUGUCGCUGGAGAUUCAGUUCUUUUCAUCUGGAAUGAGAAAAAUCAGCUUUUUUUGGGAAUUCGUCGUGCAACUCGACCUCAGACUGUGAUGCCAUCAUCUGUUCUGUCUAGUGACAGCAUGCACAUUGGAUUACUUGCUGCUGCUGCUCAUGCUGCCGCUACCAAUAGCUGUUUCACUGUUUUCUUUAACCCAAGGGCUAGCCCAUCUGAGUUUGUUAUUCCACUUUCAAAAUACAUCAAAGCUGUUUAUCACACACGUGUUUCUGUUGGAAUGCGUUUCCGGAUGCUAUUUGAGACUGAAGAAUCAAGUGUUCGAAGGUACAUGGGCACAAUUACUGGCAUUGGUGACUUAGAUCCAGUUCGCUGGGCCAACUCUCACUGGCGGUCUGUCAAGGUUGGUUGGGAUGAGUCAACGGCAGGCGAGAGGCAACCUAGGGUUUCCCUAUGGGAGAUAGAGCCUUUGACUACUUUUCCAAUGUAUCCAUCUUUGUUCCCUCUUAGGCUAAAGCGGCCUUGGUAUCCAGGAACUUCAUCUUUUCAAGAAAAUAACAGUGAAGCUAUUAAUGGAAUGGCAUGGUUGAGAGGGGAAAGUAGUGAGCAAGGACCACAUCUACUGAAUCUUCAGUCUUUUGGUGGCAUGCUCCCCUGGAUGCAACAAAGAGUUGAUCCGACAAUGCUCCGAAAUGAUCUUAACCAGCAGUAUCAAGCUAUGCUGGCUAGCGGUUUGCAAAAUUUUGGGAGCGGAGAUCUGAUGAAACAGCAACUGAUGCAGUUUCCGCAGCCCGUCCAAUAUGUUCAGCAUGCAGGCAGUCUUAAUCCUCUCCUGCAGCAGCAGCAACAACAACAAGCAAUGCAGCAGACAAUUCAUCAGCAUAUGUUGCCUGCACAAACUCAAGAUAACCUUCAAAGGCAACAACAGCAACACGUUAGCAAUCAGACAGAGGAGCAAUCUCAUCAUCAUUCUUACCAGGAAGCAUACCAAAUACCAAACAGCCAGCUCCAGCAGAAGCAACCAUCAAAUGUUCCUUCUCCAUCAUUCUCAAAGCCAGAUAUAGCAGAUCCAAGCUCCAAGUUCUCGGCAUCCAUUGCUCCAUCAGGCAUGCCAACAGCGCUGGGUUCUUUAUGUUCAGAAGGAACUAGUAACUUUUUGAAUUUCAAUAUACUUGGUCAGCAGCCUGUGAUCAUGGAGCAGCAGCAGCAGCAGCAGCAGCAGCAGCAGAAAUCUUGGAUGGCAAAAUUUGCGCAUUCACAAUUGAACACGGGCUCCAAUUCACCCUCACUCUCUGGAUAUGGGAAAGAUACUUCCAAUUCACAGGAAACAUGUAGUCUAGAUGCCCAGAAUCAAUCUCUUUUUGGUGCUAAUGUUGAUUCUUCAGGGCUUCUCCUCCCGACAACUGUGUCUAACGUCGCUACUACAUCAAUUGAUGCUGAUAUAUCCUCUAUGCCACUAGGGACUUCUGGAUUUUCGAAUUCUUUGUAUGGUUAUGUGCAAGAUUCUUCUGACAUGUUGCAUAAUGUAGGGCAAGUUGAUGCACAAACUGCGCCCCGUACAUUUGUCAAGGUUUACAAAUCAGCAUCCCUUGGGAGGUCAUUGGAUAUCACUCGAUUCAAUAGCUAUCAUGAGCUACGACAGGAACUGGGACAGAUGUUCGGGAUCGAAGGGUUUCUUGAAGACCCUCAAAGAUCAGGCUGGCAGCUUGUAUUUGUUGACAGGGAGAAUGAUGUCCUUCUCCUUGGAGACGAUCCAUGGGAGGAAUUUGUCAAUAAUGUUUGGUACAUCAAAAUUCUUUCACCCGAGGAUGUGCAGAAACUGGGGAAGGAGGAGGUUGGAUCCCUAAAUCGCGGUCUACCUGAAAGGAUGAGCAGUAAUAAUAGUGCUGAUGGUCGAGAUUUCAUGUCCGGACUUUCAUCUAUAGGAUCACUCGAGUACUGACUGUUGUCAUCGUUCGAUAAACCAAGUGUGGUUCACCAAUUCUCUGCUUACCAAGAGCUCGGCCUAGUUAAUCCGGUCUCGUUUCUAAGACACUGUUCUUUAUGUAGUAAAGUAAAGACUUAAUCCCCAUCUGUCAUUUGUAUUACAAUGCUAUUUGUAUUAGUUAUAAUCUUAAUCACUGUACUGAGGCUCAGGACACAUGUGAUUUAGACUAAGAAUCUUGAGUUGUAAACUUGUUAAUGCAGCUAAACUUUUGCGAGUAAA